AUGAGUUUUUUAUCUCAUAUUGUUAAUAAAAACCCUACCAUUGAACCUAAUACUGAUAAUAAAUCUAAAAGUGACCUUGACACUAGUCAUGAUAGUAACUUUGAUGAUAAUUCUCACAGAACUUUUUUGAACAGUAAUUAUUCUGUGCCAUCAAUUGUUGUUGGAUUCACAACAAGAUUUCAUUGUACAAACUAUAGUAUGGGAUUUAUAACUAGAGCUGAAAUGAUUUGUCGAUGUGCUGAUAUUGCAAACAGUAAAAGCAUUGGACUACGAAAUUCAAAGAGCAUUGCAAUCAAUU